AUGCCCGUCGAGCUCCAACGUAACACUCUGGAUUAUGUCACCGACACCCCUUCGGCUCUGGUCAAUAUGUGCCAUGCCUCGAACGUCCUUUCGCAUGUCGCGAACGAGUUUCUGCAGGCGGGUAGAUGUCUCGAAACAAGUGGCGAAGCGAAUCGCACCGCGUUCGACUUGGCUGAGUACCUGUUCGCCUCUGGAGGUGUCAUCCGGCAACAACCCAUUUACGGCUCAGACACAAAAGAUAACACAACUGAUCGUGUCAUGAUCAUGGCUUCAGUGUUCACUACUCUCAUCAUCACUCGACGCUCGCCCUAUCUCCGCCCGACCGAGCUUCACCCACUCGAUGAUGGCGCCAUGGCGAAAUACAAGAAAACCAUAAACUCCUUCCGGGUUUUGUCAUCGCACGCGAAACAGGAAUGGUGUGAAGCGCUUUCGCGUGGCGAGGACCGAGCUAUCCUCCUCCUCUUGUUCUCAGUCUUUCGCCGCCUGGAUAACCUUGUCCUGCGCGGCAGCACACACUGUCUGCCUUUAAGGAGGUCUCUUCAACCCACGGCUGAUUUCUCCGCAAUCCGCGUUCUGGAAUUAUCCGACAUCACCGACAAGGCGCUUUCUGACAGCUGUCGCUAUAUCAUGACACUCUCAAGUUUGGAUGAGCUGACAUUCUCUGACAUGAGUCUGACGCAGCCCAAGAUCCGAAAUCUGAGGGUAGACACGCUACACAUCGACACCCUUCGCUUCCUACGUUGUUAUGCAACGCCUGCAGCUGUCGCAUGUAUGGUUACAGCCUGUAGGUACCUCGAAACCUUCGAGUAUACGGUCAGCGGUGUGCAGUACUACAAGUCUCACGAUACUUACAUCGGGAACAAAGAUCUGCCGAUGGUCGAUCAACUGGGCCACAAUGAUCUUGUGCUGAAGAAAAUAACGAUCAGCUCCAUGGACUUUGUUCCCAAGCUUGGCUUCUUGCGCAUGAGCCCACUGCCUAGGUACUGGGUGCUGGAGUAUCUGGACGUUGAGACGCGUUACUUGUUGUCUGAUAAGGUGAACGCAAUGCCUCAGGAUCGGAUCGAUCAUUCAAUCGUGAUCAAUACGAUGAGCAACUUGCUCCAGACGCUCAUUCUACGCGAUUGCAGCUGGGACAAGAUGUUGCUGGUAAUGAAACUGUUUGUGAGAGCGAAAACCAUUGGAGGGAGGUGUCCUGACUUCACAACACUCUUCGUUAGCUACAGGAGGCCCAUGACCGAGAAUUCUUCGGCCCUCGCAAAGUUGCGAAAGCUUGCCUCAGCUUGUGAGGCUGCUGGUAUCAACGUUGUCACCAAGGCCAAGGAAACAGGUUGGCUGAAGAAGUCCCGUAAGGGUCCCGCUCGUAGGUGA